UGUGUUCUGUUCUCAGUGACAGUAAACGAUGAUAAAUAAUACUAUUUAAUUUAUAAGUGACUAAAACUGUGCUAUUGAUUUUCAUGCAGAUAAUUUAGCUUGUAUUUAUACAUCACACUUCUAAGUUAUCUGUUCCGAUUAGCAGUAACUUAAAUCUUUUAUAAUUUAUAAACAUAGCUAGAUAGCCUACUUAGGCCUUAUCUGCAAGUUUCAUUGCCGGUAUAAAUAAUUUCCCUUUAAGGAAGUCUAUUGUAUAAAAAAGUGUGGAACUAACUGAAACAAACAAUGUCUUCCAAUAUUGUUCACUGUCAACUGUGGAUGGGAGGGGUGGAACCUUACAUGAAUGAGCAAUUCAUCAUGUCUGCCUUCCAACGAAUGGGUGAAAAACCUCUGAGCGUGAAAGUAAUGAGGAACAAAAUUACUGGAGAACUAUGUGGCUAUUGUUUUGUUCAUUUCCAAAACGACGACGAAGCCAUUAAAGCUAUGCACAAAUUAAAUGGAAAAUUCAUCCCCAACUCUAAUCCUCCAUCUCGAUUCCGCCUGAAUAACGCAACUUCAAGCGGAAAAAUGAACGUGAACAUGUUCUCACUCUGGGUUGGAGAUUUGUCUCAAGAUGUUGACGACUAUCAGCUUUACAAAGCUUUCGCUUCACGCUACCAAUCAGUCAGAGCUGCCAAAGUGGUGAUGGACAGUACCGGCCAUAAAAAAGGCUAUGGGUUUGUCCAGUUUACCAAUUUGGAAGAACAAAAGCAUGCCUUGACCAACAUGAACGGCUUCAAAGGACUUGGAAAUAAACCUAUCAAGACAAGCACUGCAGUACCCAAAUCAUAUAAGUAUCCUGGAAGUACGUUAGCAUUGGCUGGUGGUUACAGCGCUACUCAGGACUACAGCCAGUACUACGACAACCACAACUAUUGGCAGAGUUACUCGUCGUGGCAGAGCUACUACGGUGGCUCUUCACCUGGAUCACACACCGUUCACUCCAGCAUACAGCAAGUACCGCUGGAGUCUCAGACGCAGGUGCAAGAUGACUUAGAGCUCAUCGACCACAACACAACAACCGAUGUGGAAGCGUGGAACAGAGAACUGAUGGAGCGAGAUUACAACCUGUGGGACGCCAUGGAGAGUUCCAAGUGGCUUCCGUUGGAAACUUACUGUUAAUUUAUGACUUGACCCAAAUUAAAUCUAUGUUUAAGAAAUCAAAAAUGUUUAUGUGGGAUAAAUCCAUUACCACUUUGAACCUUCAAGCCUUCUGCUGUCUUCCCAUCGUCAUUUCAUGAUAAAGCAUUCUUGGUGAGCAGAAAUUGUUACUGAAA